CAUCAUUGAUAUCAUCUCUCUUUCUCAAUUUUGUGCGUCUAUAUAUCAUUUUCAUCGUCACAAAUUUGCAUAAUUCCAAACACACCCUUUUCCUUUAUCUUCAUCCUUCCACAGAAUGUUCAUGGACGACUCGACCGAAUCCAAUCCACUAAACUCUCUACACGAUCAAGAUGCAGACGACGAAUCAGAGGAAUCACUCUCCUUCUCCGAUCUGCCGCUUGACAGAGAAAAAUCCGACGGCCACACUCAUCCGGAAAGCCUUCGCAAGAAUCCACGUAGGUCCUCCUCCGAGCCUCUCGAUCUCUUCGAAUUCUUCAGCGCUGGAUUCAUCACCUCCGAGAUUUCUCCGGCGGAGGAUUUGAUCUUCUGCGGCAGAUUGCUUCCUCUCAACGAUCACUCUCCACUUACUACUCGUACCGCCGAGAAGAGUUUCUGGAAGGAAGAGAUCAACCGAAAACAGACUGUCUUUCGGAAACGCUCCGAGUCAUUGUCCGGAUUGCAGAGCUCCGUUUCUCGAUCCAACAGUGCGAAAUUCAAUCUCAAGCGGAAUAGCCGAUCGCUCGAUUACCGCAAGCUCUAUCGCCAAAAAAAUUCGAUUUUCUCUCCUACGGCUGAAAUCGAUCGUAAUUGUACGAUCAAUACCGGAUUGAAGCCUGAUUCACUGAACAAAAAAGCCUCGUCGAAGCCGCGGUGGUACUUGUUAAUGUUCGGAAUGGUGAAGUUCCCGGCGGAGAUGGACCUCAGAGACAUUAAGAGCAGACAAGUCCGCCGAAGUUCGUCGGUACUUUUUCCGGCGAAUGAGAACAAAGGUAAAUUUCACUGCAACCGGAGCUCUGGCGAGGCGGCUUGGAGGAUACUUCGAGCGCUUAGCUGCAAGAACCACGCUAGUGUAGAUGUAACGGCAUCGUUAACUGCCUAACGUAUUUGUCACGUGGAUAUCACGUGACUGGCCGUUGCAUUUUCAUUUGUUACCAUAUUGCCCUUGCUGAUGCUGUGACAUUCAAGUACCGCAAGAAGGUCAAUUUGGGAAUUUGGAAUUAAAAUGAAAAAUACAAAUAUGCUUCACGUCGAAGGGAGGGUAGUGUACAGUGGCGGAGCGUGGCUGAUGAUGGACAAAUAUUUGUUUGAACAAAGGAUAUUGCAACGAUAUAAUCUAAUUACUUUAGCUUUUUCAAAAGGAACUUUCACUUUAAUAGCCGAGUGAAGUAGUAUUGAGGAAGGCUUCUCCAUUCCAUUACAAUAGUUUUCAAAGAUGUUUGAUUUGUAUUGUCCAAAAAGUGGCCUCGGGGAACUUCUAUGUUGGGGAAGAUUGAUGAUUAUAGGCCAAUAUAUUUCAUUCACGCCUAUUAUAAUGUCAACUAGACAACAUUAUAGUUCCCUAUAUACAUAAUUUGAAUUCUGAAAUUAAAAUGUAUUGAAGCGUAUAGAGGAAUUUUGUGGUCCUCACUAUUAAACCAAUCAUUUCUUCCUUAUUAUGAUACCC